AUGGCAGCAGGUUCUACAGAAGUGUCCAGUGGAACUAUUUCGAUUUUGCCCAUGGCUAUUAGAUCUGUCAUUCUCAAUGUCACUGCUACUCCAAGCGUUGCUCAUAUAUUAGCGGAAUCUAUUCUGCCUGGUCUAUAUACAGGAUCCAAUAGUGGAUUACUACUGAACAAUAAUAGCGAACAUUCGCUCGACUCGAUGGAUAUCCUGAUUGAUCUCAUUAAAAGAUUUGGCAGCUCAAUUUCAGCUGCUGAAAUUGUCAAAACUGAAAAUGUAUUGCUACAAAUCAUCUCUGGCGAACAGGGAAUAAUCAAGAAAAGAGCUGUAACAGCAAUGGGUCUGCUAGCCCGUUAUCUCACCGACAAGAACUGGGAGAAGUUGACGGCUUAUUUGAUUGACGGACUCACUGAGAGCUCGGAUUUGAGUCAGUUGAGGAUAUUAAUUCAACUGGCUGGUAUUCUUGCCAGAUCAGAGCCCACUCGCUUCAAGAACGAUCUGAGACCCGUUAUUGAUUUGAUUAUAAGAAAAGGUUUAGAUGUAAAUGACGAGGGAAUUACUGGAGGUAGAAAUGUCCACAGAGAUGAAGACUUUGACGACGAAGAGGAAGAGGACAAUGCAGAUGAUGAUGAAGAAGCAAAUAACCCAGAGUUGUUGGAUCUUCGUGAGGCUUCUCUAGCAAGUUUGGAAAUCAUUGUUGGACUUGGCUAUCAGGCUGUUGAAACCCAGUUGAAUGACAUUCUUGCCAUCUCGGCUUAUUACAUCAAGUACAAUCCCAAUAUUAUUGACGACGAAGAUGAUCAAGAUGAAGAUAUUGAUGACGAGGAUGAAGAUAUCGAUGAUAACGACGAUGAUGUCGAAAUGGAAGGACAUGACGGUGGAGAAGAUUCCGAGUUUGAAGUUAGUGAUGAUGAGGAUGCCUUUUCUGAUGAUGAUGACCAGUCUUGGAAACUCCGGCGAUAUGCUGCCAAACUGGCUGCUGCAGUCGCUAUAUAUAUUCCUACUCAACUUCCACGCAUAUAUUCGCAAUUGCUUCCACCACUUGUGUCUAUGUAUGCUUCUGAAAAAGAGUCCACUGUAAAGACUGAGGUCAUCAGCUGUCUCUCAGAAUUCUUCAAAGCCGCUUCUGACAAGGGCUUAUAUUAUAGUUCGAAGCUAAGUAGCAAUAUUGCUACCAGGAGAUCGUCUGAUAUCAGUAUGGCUACCGAUAUGGAUCCAAAACUCUUUUUAGAACGUCAUUACUUGCGAAAGUUGGUGAGAGUCUCUUUAUCCGAGCUUCACAGCUCGACGAACACAGUGAUCUUGCAGUCUAUCUUGACAGGCAUUCUGGGAAAUCUUGUCAGUGUUCUUCAUACUCGUCCCUCAAUACAGACGAGUAAGAUCAUUCGAUCUCUAAUUUCACUCUCCAAAACACAGCCUGGUCUAAUGAUCGAUAUGCUCCAAUUGGUUUCAGGUAUAAUUAGGGCCCAGACGACGCAGGAAUUAACUGACUCUUUACCUCAGUUGCUCGAAAUUAUUGUGCUUGGUAUUUAUGACAAAUAUUACAAGGUAUGCGGGGCUGCUUUGGAUGUAGUAUUAGAUCUUGUUGCUAUUCACUCUGAUCAGUCAAUCAAAGUAGAUAUCUCUGUCCUAUUACCGGCUUUGAUAGAGAAAGCUAAGAGUACAUCUCUGGACUUGGAUACCAGAUCCAAAGCUGUCAAGGCACUUGGCCAAUUUAUUGCUAAGAAUGAUUUGUCCGGUAGUAACAUCGAUACUGGUUGCAAGCUAAUACUGGACCUACUAAACAAUGAGGGAUUGCGUUUGACAUCUGUCGAAUCUAUAUCAGAAAUCGCAUCUGGCGCUACUGUUCGACAAGUAUCAAGUAAGUGGAUCAUCUCCUCGCUAGAAGGUCUCGGUAACUUUUUGAACCAGAGUUCUCGUACUUUGCGAAUUGGCUCUCUGAAUGCUAUAUUAUCGGUCACAAAUCGCCAGCCAUCAUCUGAUCAAGCCACUGUGCAAGCACUAGCAAAUAUUGGUCAGAUUAUUCUAAAUCAUGGGAAGUCUAUUCUGACAUCUAGUCCUGAUGCAGUAGCUUUAGACUUAGUUAGCAAGAUAUUGACUAACUUGGUGCCAUUUAUCUCUGUCAGUGAGGCAUCUGAAUUCACUAUUCAAACGAUAAACCAGACAAGCUCUCAAACUGCAGUUCAAAUUUCAGAUUCGAUUCUCGGAUUAUUAGCAGCCGUUGUUCAACACAGUACUGAUGCUGCUGCUUUAAAUGCUGUUUAUGAAGAGCUUUGUAGACCUCGACAUGUGGCCUCUGCAUCGGCUGGUUCUAGUAUUGGUACGAACCAGAAUGUCGAACUUGCUGCAAAGGCUUUGGCAGUGGUUAUUACUGAAGGGCAGAUGGUUGACAAGAUCCCCAGUUUUGAGACUGUUGUUGCACAAAACGGUGAAGAUCUUAAGUGGUCCCUUCUUGUUCUCGGUUAUGUUGGUAAGCUUUUACCAUACACCACAUCUCUUGAAGUACUCUAUGACGAACUCAAUAAUAACGCGCGUGAUGAAAUCACUAAAACUGUCAUUGCAAACUCAUUGGGCCUGAUUAUCAGUAACAAUGUUAACAAUUAUCUGCCUGAUUUGCUUAAUAGGCUCAAGGCUGCUGGGUCAAAUACCAUUCAUCUACAUUUAUUGAUUAUUCGUGAAAUCGUAAGUGGUGCCAAGACUGCCGAUGUUGAAGCUUAUUCAGAUGAUAUCUGGAACAGUUUGUUCACAAGUCUCGAUGCUGUCUCGUCGUCUGGUAUCGGAAAGGUCGCUCUUGCUGCGUCAACCGCAGCAGCGGGAAUAGUUCCAAAUGCUGAGGCUAGUGUGGUAAGUGGUGGAGACUUGAUCCUGGCGGAGUGUUUAGGCAGACUCAGUAUUCUUAAUCCAAGAGUAUUCCUUCCUCAACUUCAGGUUCAAUUGGCAUCAGAAAAACCUUCGGUUAGAGUCACUGUAUUAUCGGCUGUGAAAUUCACUUUUGGUCAAUCUCAUGAUACCUAUGAUGACUUGUUACGUCCAAUUAUUGCUGAUUUCCUAGCCUUGGUUGAUGAUGACGAUACUGGAAUUCGACAAGUUGCUCUCAGUGCACUUGUAUCUGCUAUUCAUAACAAAUCCCACCUACUACUACCUCAUCUGGCCCGUCUUCUGCCUUUGUUAUACAGAGAGACUAGAAUCAACACUAGCCUUAUUCAUACUGUUCAAAUGGGACCAUUUAAACACAAGGUUGAUAAUGGACUUGAGCUGAGAAAGACUGCCUAUGAAACUAUUUAUACUCUGGUUAGCACUCUGAAUGCAGAACGUCUACAAUCAGUUGGUAUGAUUGAUGAGUUACUUGACCAAGUUGUUCUUGGUAGUGGUUUGUCUGAUGAGCACGACAUCAAAGUUUUGAGCUGUGUUAUUAUUGGAAGAUUGGCAUCGACGUGUCUUUCAAAGGUUAUUGCUGCCGGUCGACUACACCAAAUCACCACUCGAUAUACGACACUUUUGGGAGUUGUUGUUAAAGAGAACGCCAUUAAGCAAGAAUUCGAAAAACACAAUGAGAUUGUUCGUAAUAUUGAACGCUCAUCAACUCAGAUCAACGAUGCUAUCAGCCAAGCCAUUUCCAAGGGAGAUGCAUCAAACCUUCCCAGCGAUUUGGAACUUGGAGAAUGGGAAUCCUUUUAUAGGACUAAAGUAUUGAAGAAAUCUGUCUAA